GUUUUAUAAGAGUGGAUAGUAGAUGAGCGGACUGGGGCUCGUUCGCGGUUCAAACUAAAGUUAGCGGGAGCUCUUGACGGUCCGGGUGGUAUCUGGGCGAUGAAGAUUCCGAUGGAGGCCCUUAGUCAGACGGGAGUGAAAUGCUCUUGGAAAUUACUCAUGACAAGUUGCUGAUACUCUGAUCUGAAACUGAGAUCAUCAACCUUGAGUGGCCUUUGAGAGAAGCGUUGAGUUGUAAUUGCAUUGGUGUACAGGUCAGUUUUGCCAUUGAUCUUGGAUGAUUCUGUUUACAAGGCCUGACUACAAUGGUUUGUCCACGGCACCAAAUUUCCACCUAUUGAUGCCCUGUGUGUGGGAGAUCAGAAGUUUCAAUGGGCCGCAGGAAAUCGAAGAGAAAGCCUCCAACCAAGAAGAAAGUGCUUGGCACACUAGAAACACAGUUCACUUGUCCAUUCUGUAACCAUGAAAAGUCAUGUGAUGUUAAGAUGGAUCGUGCACGGAACACUGGUAUCAUAUCUUGCACCGUAUGUUUAGAAGAAUUCCAGACCCCAAUAACAUAUCUGUCGGAGCCGGUGGAUGUAUACAGUGAUUGGAUCGAUGCCUGUGAAGCAGCAAAUCAGUAGUUUUGCCUCAAGUACUCUGUUUUAUUUCAAGGAGAUUGUCAGUUUUGUUUUUGCUGGCUGUAAAUAAUAGUUGACGUGGAACAUCAAAUACUACGGAUGGUUUUCAAGCUGUAUUAAAGGUCUAGAAUUAU